AUGGUGGGACAUUAUAUCUUUCCGCUCCCCUCGGAUGAAGAACUCCAAGUCUUCGAAAAGAAAAUCAACUAUUCUUUCGCCAAUGACGCUCUGCUACGCGAGGCGCUUCAAGUCUCCAGCGGUUUCAACGGAGAUGGCAAUAAGAAACUCGCCUUGAUCGGCGACACAAUUCUCGACUUGGUCAUUGUGACCCUGGGGUGCGAUAAAAACAAGACGAGAGGCGAAAUCUCCAUUACCAUCCAGCAGAGGGCUAGCAAUGCCUAUCUCGCCGACCAGGGGUUUAUUCACGGCAUUGACAAAUUCAUCGUCAAAAACCCCUGCCAAUGUAAAAUUAUGCCCAACGUCAUGGCCACCACCAUGGAGGCCAUCAUUGGGGCAGUCUACCUCGACUGCAAUCAGCAGAUCCAGCCAUGUAUCGAUGUCAUGACUGCGUUGGGUCUUUCUUGGCCUCAGUGA